UCAACAUCCAUAUAACCUGCCGUGUGAAUCCAGCUCGUGAGAUUGCCCAUUCGCACCCUUCAAGGAAUUGAAACGAGUUCACAACAAGCGUAAUAUAUACCAGACGAAAGCUCAAAGAAGAAUGGGUUUGGGCGAAACUCAAGUAAGUCUGCGCAUAUGGCAUGGGGGAAUAUUUAAGAAGAAUCAAAUUGGAAGACUAGAAUACAUGGGAGGUUAGUUUAGGAUGUUUGAUAUAGAUGCAGGCGAGCUAUGUUGGUUUUGGUUAGAAGAAUUGGCUAAGAAAUGUGGGGACUAUUGUACAAUAGAUGCCAUUUACUACAUGGUGCCUAAUGUAACUUAUGAAGAUGGAUUACGAAGGGCAUAUCAUGAUGAUCAAGUCAGAGAUAUGAUAGCAUUAGUGUUAAAGACCAAGUGCAUUGACUGCUAUGUUAUUCAUGAAAUUGAUGUUCACGAUUUAAUUGAAGCCAUUGAAUAUGUGAAGCCUAGUGUUAUUCAUGGAAUUGAUGUUAUUCAUGUUAUCUAACAACAAAAAGAAGCUUAGUCCAAAGGGAGGAAGUAAGGGAAAGGGUGUUACCGAUGAGAUUUCUUCAACUUCUCUUCAAGAAAUUGCUAGGAAGAAAAAGAAUGAAAGUUCUUUCACACAGCCCUUGACAACUGAUUCAGAAGCAUUUGAGAGUGACAAACCAAACAGCCCUUUCACAUGGGAUGAAGAGGAAAACUCAUCUGACCUCUGUAUACUCCAACAACUCAAGAGGAGUACAUAAAUGGUGAAAGUUCUGAUUUGGAAGGUCUUAUUUCAAAUGAUGAAGACAUGGAGAACAUAGAGGAGGACUUGUUUGGAUAUGAGGGAGAUACCAGUGAUGAAGUAUGAAAGGGUGAGGGAAGAAGUAAAGGGGUGGAAUGCUAAGGUAUUGGGGAUUGCCAGUAGACUUCAAAAAUAAGCCGUUGAGGGAAAACUUCCAGGUCAAAGUCACAGAAGAAGUAAGACUCAUGUGCAAGAAAAUAAAGACAGUGAUUCUGCCUUUAAUAGUGAAUAUGAAGACACAGAUGAGGAGAUGUUAACACUAGAUGAAGAUGAAGAAAAAUACCAAUUGAAGAAAAGAAUGAGGGAAAGGAUUCCAGUGGUGAAUGAACACACAUAUUACAACAUAUUGGAGUGGAAAGUGGGGACCAGGUUUGAAAGCACGGAAAAAUUCAGAGAUGCACUGGUUAGGUUUGCAGUAGCCCAAAGGAGAAACCUAAUGUUCAGUGUAAGUGAUAAGAAAAGGCAGCAAAGGUUGGGUGCAAAAUGUGUGCCUGGGUGUCCCUUCAGGAUAUAUGCUAGUUGGUAUAGUAGGAGAGGCUCGUUUGUGGUGUAAUCAGUGGUGGGUGAUCACAUGUGUCACAGAAACAUGGAGGCUAAUAAACAGCUUGAAUCUUCAUGGGUAGCUAAACAGUUUCUAGAAGUUUUUAAAUCAAGACCCCAUUGGCCCGCUAAGGAAAUUAUUGAAACUGUAAGAAGGGCAUACCGAGUUGUUGUUAAGAAGAACUUUGUUUACAAAGUGAAGUACAUUGCCCAUAGAAAACUUCAUGGAAGUAUGAAGGAUCACUACAACAAACUAGGGAGGUACUUAGAGGCUCUGGCUCUUGCAAGUCCUGCUAGUCACCUCCAACUUGAACUUAAUCCGGAAUUGAGAGUACCCCCCGUAUUUUAGAGACUUUUUGUGUGCUUUGAUGGUGUUAAACAAGGAUGGUUACAAGGGUGUAGAAAAGUCUUGUGUGUGGAUGGAUGUUUUCUAAAAACAUUUCUAAGUGGUGUGUUGCUCUCAGCUAUUGGAAGAGAUGGAAAUGAGCAAAUAUAUCCUCUUGCUUGGGCAGUGGUAGAAGGGGAAAAUAGUGACAGUUGGGAGUGGUUCUUCAUUCAGCUUAACAAAUCAAUUGGUGAAACAGAUGGUUCUGAACUCACAAUAAUUUCUGAUGAACACCGGGUACAUCUGAUUAAUCCUUAUACUUGUCUUUGUACUUUAUGACAUUCUUCUUGUACUAAAUAUGUUUUACCAUUUUCAUAGACUAUUCUGAAUGGAGUUCAGAAAGUUAUACCUAGAGCAGAACACACUGUGCGAGGCACAUUUAUGCUAACUGGCACAAGAAUCAUAAAGGGGAUGAGCUGAAGAUGACUUUUUGGAAAAUAGUUAAAGCAUAUAAUGAGGCUGACUAUUAUGAUGCUUUGACUGAGAUGGAACAACUGAGCCCAACAGCCACACAAGCUUUCAAAGCCUAUGAUCCAAGAAGAUUCUGCAGGUUUUUUAUACAAACAAAGACCAAAUGUGAGGUCAUUGUUAACAACAUGGUCGAGACAUUCAAUGGUUAUAUUCUAAAUGCUAGAACAAAGCAUCUGAUCUUCAUGAUGGAAGACAUUAGGACAACUUUAAUGCAAAGGAUUGUUUAGAAAAGACAGCAAAUGGAAGUUAGUCACCACUUCAUAUGUCCUAGGAUACAUGGAAGAUUAGAAAAAGAAAAGGAAGAAGCAGCUAACUGUGCAGCAAUGCCAUCAUCUCUUAUGGUGUUUCAGGUGAGCCAUAAGAUGGAUAGUGUGACUGUGGAUCUGACAUCUAAGACCUGUACAUGUAGAAAAUGGGAAUUGACUGGAGUCCCAUGUUGUCAUUCCAUUGCUUGCAUGUUUUUUCUCCACCACGCCCUUGAAGAGUAUGUCCAUGAUUAUUACAAGAAAGAGACAUACAUGAAGGCAUACAUUGAUUCUAUCCCCCCAUGUUCUGGUGAAAGACAUUGGCCAAGAAAAGAGCUUGAUUUGGACCCUCCUCCAAUAAAAAUAGGGCCCGGGAGACCAAGGGAAAAUAGGAGAAAAGAUCCACAUGAAGAUCCAAAAAAACCUGGGAAGUUAACCAAGCAUGGAAUGGAGAUGUCUUGCAGCAUAUGUAAGUCCAAACAACACAAUAAAAGGAAAUGUCUUGAUAAAGACAAGACCACAUCCUCAAGUGUUCAAAACCAAGUCAAGAAACCAAGGGGAAGACCUAGGAAGCAUGGCAUACCUUCUGUUGAGACUGAAAGGCAACGUGAGUAUGGUAACGUGACUGCCCAACCAACACAGACUGGAAGAGGCGGGAAGGUAAUCAUGAGAGGAAGAGGGAGAGGAAAAGGGAGAGGGAAAGGCAUCCAGAUGCAGGUCCCUCGGGGUUUUGGUGUGUUCAUUGAUGGGCAAGGAAACACCAUUGUUAAUUCACCAUGUCAAGUUGGAGGUCCCAGACUGAUUUCAGGGAGUGGAUGUCCUCCUUCAAGCAACGCUAGUGCACCUCCUUGAAAGAAUGCAGUGAUUUGAAUGCAAUGAAGUUGUAAAAGAUGUUGUUUUCCAUUUGAAGUCCUUCAGUAUUGUUGUUUAGUGGAACUAUUAGGGAAUGAUGCAUGUAUUUCACUUUUCCUUGUUUAAUGUGAUUGUGGCGUGUAUUGACAAUUUGAAUGUGGUUCAUUCCAUC